UAUGCGCGUGCUAGAUUUGAUAAAGAUCUAACUAUUUUUAAAACAGUUUUCAGAUCCUUCAAAAAUGAACGAUUACCGAGUCCUGACUUCGGAAAUCAAAGUACCAAAAGAAUGGCCAGUGGAAGGUAUACAAAACUUAAUCGAAUUUUUGGCGCAAGAUGGGAUCUGCUGUCAUCAAUCAGGAAAAAAGUUCGUCAUGACCGUAGGGAACGUGUCGGCGAUGAUUACCACUAACGGGACCAGGCCGGGAUAUGUUUUCAAAAAGAUAGAACAGAUAGAUGAUGAAAACACUUACAGAACUGAUCUGAUAGUCCCGGCGAAAAUUGUAAUACUGAAGCGUAAACCUGGCGGCCCUGAUGACAAGGAAGAGGAAUCAACACAAUGCCUGCCUAUGAACCUAAAAUUUGAUCACCUAAUUACGAAAUUGCUUGUGAAAAGGCCGGAUCGUCACACAGUUGUGACUGUUGUACCAGACCUCCAAAGGAUUUUACUGCUAAAAGGCAUCACAGGCUUAAAGAUGUACGAUUAUUCUUUCCGAACAACAUACAGAGUUCACAACAUCAAGCGGCUCGAUGAUAUAGUGUCUGACAUGAAAUUGGCGGAUUCUUCCAUAGCUGCGGAGCUGGUUUCUGAAAAUAGAUGGGAUAUUGUGUGUUAUGACCGCCUGCCACGACCUCAGUAUGUGCAGGCCUUAAGCGUGACCUGGUGUCUACGUUCCGAUCUGGGCUGGAAUCCCGGUCCUACCCUGGUUUCUGUUUCCCGCACUAUCCCGACAUCUGCAGGGAAGUGCUGGGCUGGACGUUUACGAUGGGCUCCUGCACUUGGAGUGCACUGGGAGAGUGGCCAGGCCAGGAGACACGCGCGCCCGGCGAGUGCGGCCUCGGGCGCCGACCGGUCCACUCGCGGGAGGCGGUUGUGCAAGUCCCGCUGGCGCCGAGCGCCGCCUCCCGCCCACGCCAGUCCCCCGGUAGACCACGCCUACGUGGGCUGCACGGGGCGAUGCGAGGCCGCUUGA